AUGCGGUGGAUCGCAACUUCCAAGCUUCUUGCCCCCCUCUUCCUCUGCCUCACGGAUAUAACCCAAGCUACAAGCCCGAGCUCUCACGACCUUGCUGUGGAAGUAGGACACCAUGUCAUUUUCUCAUACCCCGGCCUCGAGCCUCCCGCCCAUCUCUUCGACCUAAUUAAACAAGGCAAAGUCGGCGGCAUAAUCCUCUUCGGGGAAAACGUCAACAGCAACCUCAGCAACGUCAUUAGCAACUUCCAAGACGCAUAUCAACAAAGCCGCACGUACGCGGGCGUCCCACUACUCAUCACGACAGAUCAAGAGGGAGGCAAAAUCCGCCGGCUACCCGGCGGGCCCUCACAGAGCGCAAAACAAGUCGGACAAUCGCCGAAUCCAAAGGACGCAGCGACAAAAGCCGGCCAGGAUGCAGCCGCUAUUCUGAAGGAGUAUAAGAUGAACGCCAACCUCGCGCCUGUGCUAGACGUCUAUCGUGAAGCUGGGGACUUUACGGACCAGUACGGCCGGUCCUUUGGCAAUUCCUCGGCCGUGGUGAGUCAGUGUGGUUCGGCCUUUAUUUCGUCGCAGCAGGGUGCGGGGAUUCUCGCAACUGCGAAACAUUUUCCUGGGUUGGGUGCUGCGUUGAAGGAUUCGAAUACGGAUGAAGAACCCGUUACUAUUGACUUGACGAUUCGACAGCUUCGUGCUGUGGAUGAGAAACCGUAUAAAGAGGCUAUUGCUGCUGGAUUGGAUAUGGUCAUGACUUCGUGGGCUCUUUAUCCGGCACUUGAUUCUAAGUAUCCUUCUGGGAUGAGCAAGAAGUGGGUUCAGGGUGAAUUGCGAGGUCGGUUGGGGUUUAAGGGUGUGACGAUUACUGAUGCGAUUGAGGCUGGGGCGCUUGAGUCGUUUGGGGGUGAUGCGGAUCGGGGACUUCUCGCUGCGCAGGCUGGGAUGGAUAUCCUUUUAGCUUCUGGGAGGAAUGUUAGUCAAGGUGAAGCUAUUGUUGAUGGGUUGGUUACUGCGUUGGAGAAUGGAAUUCUGCCUCGUAAGUCUUUCUCGGAGGCUACUGGUCGGAUUUUGAGUAUGAGGAAGAAGAUUCUGGGUUAG